CGCCACUGAGCACGGUUGUGUUUAGGGAUAUUUAAUGUUAAGGCAUUUCCCGUGAUUCCCGUCAAUUGUGCAUUAAAAUCUACCCAGUCAAUUUUCGCCUUCCACUUAGACAAUAGCUUCCAUAAUCCCUAAUUAACUAGAUAUUUAUUCCAGUCUCGGUAUAUCAUAGGUUCGCUUUAUGUAGGUAUAGGGUUUGACAAAUAUCGAAAUGUGCAAGAUCUUAUGAAAACCGGCAGCGUCAGGGGCGCCAAACCUUCGGUGUGUGUAAGUUACGUAACGGUUCCGGGGAAAAUCGAUAGCUGGGCGUAAAUAGCGACCUAGGGUUGGAAACAGCUGGCCGGCAGCCAGCCAUGAUGCAGCCCGCGAGAAUGCGGAAGCCUCGUCGGCACCGCUGGCUGACCCUGUCGGUGAUCAUGAUCGCUUACUCCAUAUUCCAAGCCGUGAUGAGCAACCCCUCCGAGCCACCGGAGAGCCCGGACAAGCCAGAGCCCCCCGUACCGAACGUGCCUGAACACUCUAAAACUAGUAACACAAUCAAAGAAUCUGAUGUGUCUCCAAUCGGCCCCAAAGAAGAAAACACACACGAAACAGAUGGCAAGAAAGCUAUGAAAGGAAUAGAAAUAGAACCAGAAGAGGGAGAGAAGAAGAAACAAAAAGAUGCUGGAUAUGAAGAGGGAGAAGAAGCGGUAAUUGUCCGUGAAAAUGAGAAGAUAGAGGAAGAAGAAGAUGCUAUUCCUACCGUGCAUCCUCUCCGAAACUGUACACCACCGGCCAUUGAACAGUUCCCGCGUCCACUGAUGGGUCAAAACGCGAGGAAACAUGGAGGCUUGAUCAUUCACAUUCUGGUAGCGGUGUUCACUUUCAUCGGCCUAGCGAUCGUGUGCGACGAAUAUUUUGUCUCCAGCUUAGACAGGAUUUGUGAAGAACUAAAACUGGCGCCAGACGUAGCGGGUGCCACGUUCAUGGCUGCAGGCAGUUCAGCCCCCGAGCUCGCCACUGUAGUCAUCGGCGUCUUCUGUGCACAGGACGACAUUGGUGUUUCCGGAGUGAUCGGUUCGGCGGUGUUCAACAUAAUGUUCGUGAUAUCCGUGUGCGCGCUGUGCGCCGGCACCGUCUCCCACCUCAACUGGUGGCCGCUCUGUCGUGAUUGCUUCUUCUAUGCCAUCUCUAUACUGGUCAUGCUGUGCACUAUCGCCAAUGGAUACGUGUCCUGGCCAGAAGCCCUGUUCAUGCUGAUCAUGUACGGGGUGUACUGCGUGGCGCUGCGCUUCAACAGCACGCUGGAGCGAUGGGCCUUGACGAUUCCCCUGCCAUUCAAGCUGCCGUCCAGGGAAGAGCAGGCUGCGCUCGUUACAUACAAAAGCGGCGCAGGUCAACCAGAUGCAGCGCCGGCGGCUGAGGGGCAGUACACGCAAAUGGAGGGACAGAACAACGACCUUCCGCAGAAACCUGCGGAAUACAACCCGGACGGAGCCUACGUGAACGCGGCUUACAACGCGGAGUCAGCUUGGAACCCUAACACGACUUGGGACCCCAUGAACGCCUGGGAUGAAACCUCAUUGCAACAACCGCCGACCGCACCUGCACAGAGCUGGGGCGAGCCGGAGCCAGCACAACAGUUGCAAUCCCCCAACCAGAGCGAGCCCAAGCAGGAGGGACAGGCCCCGUCCGCGCCGAAGGCUCCCACACAACCGGCCUAUUACAAAGCCAAAGAAUACAACGCUGAGACCGCGGUUAAUCCUCUCGUCAAACCAGUUGGAGCAAACCCCGUCCAGCUGGCGUGCUGGUACGUCGCGUACCCGGUGCACUGGUCGUGCCGCCACACCAUGCCCGACUGCCGCGGCCGCUGGUACCCCGUCGCCUUCAUCAUCUCCAUGCUGUGGAUCUCCUUCUACUCCUACUUCAUGGUUUGGAUGAUUACCAUUAUUGGCUACACCCUGGGUAUCCCGGACACCGUGAUGGGGCUGACAUUUGUCGCGGCGGGCGUGUCGGUGCCUGACGCGCUGUCAUCACUUGCGGUCAUCAAGGAAGGAUAUGGUGACAUGGCGGUGUCUAACGCGGUCGGGUCUAACGUGUUCGAUAUCCUGGUAUGCCUGGGCCUGCCGUGGUUCAUACAGACCGCCAUCAUCCAGCCCGGCAGCCACGUCAAUGUUAUCAGCAAGGGUUUGAUCUAUUCAACCCUGUCGCUGUUCUCGACGGUGGUGUUCCUGGUGGUGGCGACGCACGCCAACGGCUGGAAGCUGGACCGCAAGUACGGCGCCGUGCUGAUGCUGUGGUACCUGCUGUUCAUCACGCUGGCCAGCCUCUACGAGCUCAACGUCUUCGGGAACAUCCAUCCUCCCGACUGCGAAUCUAGUUAUUAGACUGGACGGGAUUUUCUUUUCGAUGUGUGAAGGGACUUUGCUUCGAAAGGUAUUUACAGUCCGACAAACCUCUUUUGGCACUUGAGUGAGGGCGCUGUUGCAGCUUUAUGGUAACACAGCCAAUAAUCAACAAGUGCACUUCUCAAGGUGGCGGCUUUAGUUCCGAUUUUGGCCACGCGCCAAAAGAGCCUUGUCGGAGUGU